GAUUUAAAUCGCUUAGUGGUAGAGGUAGUAAAAGUAUAAGCAGUAGUCGGAAAGACUAAGGUUUGAAGAUGUUAUUCAAAGAGUAUAAUCCCGUGAAAUAAAUUUCGAAAGAAAAAAAAGAAAGGGACAUGAAGAAUUCAGAAGAUUAUAAUUUAGGAGAACACAAAGAGUGGAUGCACGUGCACCAUUGCAAACGAUUUUUAGACACGUCAUUCAAUGUCUCUAACCAUCGGUUGCUUUCAUCUCGCGGAUCCCAACCAUUUAGUCUACACCUACCAACAUGACGCAGUCCACUUGUCAGUGACUUCAUGGACUUGUGCCAUGUUUUGGUCUGACCACUCCUAGCUUUCUCCUAACCUACUCCUACACCAUAAAGCAUCGCUCAUCGGGGCAGUCGGUGGUUGGGCAUAGGAUUUAUCUAGAUCUCUUCAUUGGAUAUCAAUAGUUUGAAAGAUAUUCAAAAGAUGUCGAGAAGUUGAAAGAACUUUGAUCCUUUUGAGUGAACUCAGUUUUUGGUGUUUUCUAAUAACAUGUUUUCUCAAGUAUCGUUCAUUUCGUAUUAAUUGUUAUUAUUUUAUCACUUUUUAUGCAUGUUUAAGUGAAGAUCUGAGUUUUUAUUCGCCUAUCACUAAUAACGUUUGUAUUAAUUUUUUGAUCUGAGUCCCCAACUUGGGGCACUAUAGUAUAUUUUAUUUUCAUUAAAAGUGAGUACAGUUAUCUCGUGCUUACGUUUUGUUUAUUUAUACAGCUUAGCAUGAAAGCUAAGCUCCAUACUUUAUUUGGUUACUAUUGUUAUAAUAAUAUUUUUUGACUGACUUCUAACAUUCGUACACGUUAACUUUUCCUACAGCAUAAAAAACUCUUCAUAUUGUCGAGCUCACGUCCGCAGCAAUGGUUAAUGUUCAUAAAGGAAUUCUCGUCAAGUGUGACCCUGCUAUGAAACAAUUUCUCCUACAUUUAGCAGAAAAUUUAGUUUUGGGCAAAAAUUUCGUACAUACGGAUUUAGAUGACUAUCAUUUGUUUAUCGAUGCAGAUAUUCUUAGUAAACUUCAAGAGAAAGUAGAUGGUCUGAUGGAGAGUUUAUCUUUUCCAAUGACUGUUGAAAAUGAUUGAUUUUGUUGUUCCAUUUUUGAAUGUUCACUGUUCAGUCAUCCUACACUUUCCUUGUUUUUGUAAAAAUGCGACAGUUGUUCUACUGUUUAUCAGUAUUCUGUGAAUGGCGUUAUUCCCUAUAAUCUGACUACUUAUACCGUACAAUGUCGUAUUUUGUAAAUAACUAAUAUGUAAAGAUGACUUUCGAAAUAUACGGUUUUACAUU